AUGGUUGAAUCCUCAGACGCUAAUGAGGUUAAUGACAAUGAUGACGCUAGUAAUGAAGAAGAUAGUGAUGAUGAGGAUGAUAAUGAUGAUCCUGGUGAUGAAGAAGAUAAUGAUGACAAGAAUGAUAAUGAUUCAAAAGCUAGUAAUAAAGAAGGGGUUAAUGAGGAAGAAGACAUUGAUAAAGAUGAAGAAGAAUCAACAGAUGACAUGGGAGAGGACUUUACUUAUAAAAUGAACUCUCUUCCAAGGUUGAACAAGCACAUUCGCUUUUCAGCUAUUUCUUCAUCCUCUUCCUCUAUUGAUGACAUUGUACCUCGUGGAUCAACCCCCCUAUUGGAGAUACUAUUGAGCCAAUGA